AUGGAGCUCUACGGCAGCUACCUGAAAGAAAGUGAGCGAACAGAGCUCUUAGCCAUGCAGGAGAUAUGGUACUUUGGGCUCCAAAAUCAAGCUCGGGGCUUCUACAAUAAUGGUUACGAUGAUGAAGACGACAAUUAUAUUCCGGUUAAACACGAGCACCUCAACUUUCGGUAUGAGGUGCUGAAGAUCAUUGGGAUGGGCGGUCAAGGCAUAGUGAUCAAGUGUCUUGACCACAAGACAAACACCCUGGUGGCGGUGAAAAUCCUGAGCAUUCCACUGAGCGGAACCCUGGAUGACCUGAUUCGUCGCCAGAAUGCCGAGCCCCUUCAGAUGGAGGAGGUGAAAAUAUUUACAAAGGGGAUCCUCAAGUGCCUGUCUCACCUCCACGCGAAGAAAAUUAUUCACGGUGACCUCAAGCCUGAAAACAUAUUGGUCAAGGACCGCGUGGCAGGGACCAUGAAGGUCACAGACUUUGGACACAGCUUCGUUGAGGGCUGUCAAACCUCCGUGUCCUUCGGUACCCUCAUGUUCAUGGCUCCGGAGGGGCACCUGGGUUACUCGUCCACCUGCUCAGCGGACAUGUGGGCUCUGGGUUGCACCGUGGCGGAGAUGGCAACCGGAACAGCCAUCUUCAACCCCAUGAACUUUGAUGACCAGUUAGUGUGCUGCAUGGAGGUCCUGGGGCUGCCUCCGGACGACUUGGUGAAAGCUGCUCCUAGAAGAAACAAAUACUUUAAAUCCGACAAGCAGCCAAGGAUGUUUGGUUGCCAUCGAGUGCCAGGGAGACGCCCGCUCUGCAUGCUGCUCGCAAACUACGGCCCGGAGUUUGUGGACUUCAUCAGCAGCUGCCUCCAAUGGAGCCCGGCUUUUCGGAUGACACCGGAGCAGGCGCUGGCACAUAAAUGGCUGCAGGAUAUCGGCACGGGUGAACCCGGGUCAACUCCUGCGCAGCCCUCACUCACCCUGGCCUCUGCAGAGAAGACGGAGAUUGCGGAGGAGAGCAUGGAGGAGAAGACGGAGUCAACUCCUGCGCAGCCCUCACUCACCCUGGCCUCUGCAGAGAAGACGGAGAUUGCGGAGGAGAGCAUGGAUGAGAAGACAGAGUUGGUGGUGCAGGAGACGAGAGAGCAGAAGAAGAAGAAGCGGUCGCGACUUGCUCGCGUGGGACGAGCAAUCUGCUUUUUCUUCCGCCGCCGGCUGCUUUGUGGUGGAGUGUCCACCGCAGAGUAG